ACGAGCUCAAUCGGCAGGUUGACGGACCGAUAGGGGGUUAAAUGAUGCCAGUGGCUUACAUUACUCUGCCAACGUUAACACGUGUUGUCAACAUCUUUAGUUGAAAAGGAAACAAACGAGUGAUACAAGUGCUUAUUAGGUCAUCUAUUGUUUAAACCAAAAAUUGUCAACACUUUUUAAUGAGAUUUAUCAUGAGAUUAAUAUUACUUACGUGAACCAAUUGGUGUGCUUUUUUAUUGAGAUCUGUCUAGUGAAUUUAUCAAUAAUGAAACGUAUAAUUGCGUUGUGCAAGUGACUUAAUGGUUAAUUUCAGGUUGUGAAUACGAACAUGAAAUUGUAAAAGAUACUGUAAAAUAAUUAUUGUAAUGACUACGUAAGUUAUUAUUAAUAUAUUCGAGUAUCAAUAUGAUGCAGUCAACGUGCCAACCACAUCAACCUCAACAACAAAAUGCAACUUCUGCAAGUCGAACAUCUUUCUUGAUUGAGGAUAUUUUAAGUCGUAGUACUGUUGAUGCUGCUGGACAUACUCAUCACGGACAGUUGCAUCACCAACUUGCACCAACGCAUACUCCUCAUCAUCAACAGUAUCAACAAUUUUCUAGUCUUUUGCCCGGUUAUCCGACGGGUCCUCCAGCUGCUGCGUUUUUUCUUGGACCUUUGUUUGGAACUACUAGCAUGGGUGUUGGUGUUGUUCCUGGUGUCAGUGAACUUGCAGCUUUAAAACACUGCCGCCGUCGGAAAGCCAGAACUGUAUUCAGUGACCAGCAAUUAGCAGGUCUUGAAGCCAGGUUUGAAGCCCAAAGAUACCUGAGUACCCCAGAGAGAGUCGAGCUUGCGGCUGCCCUUCAUUUGUCAGAAACACAGGUCAAAACUUGGUUCCAAAACCGACGGAUGAAGCAUAAGAAACAACUGAGAAAGAUGAACAAUGGAAACAAUAAUAAUAAUAUUACCAAUACGCAACAAUGUGGAGGACAAUCGUCUUCAGUCACUUCUCCUGCAGAAAGACCAGUUGACUUUUCAUUGAAUGGCGGUCGUGAAUCCCGGGCAAGUAGUGAUGCAGCGGCGGAUUCAGACUCUGAUGAAAUUGAUGUCCUUGGUGAUGAAGCUCCAUCGCCUGUUCAAUCAUCUACACACAAUAUAUCUCUAAGACGUUCAUCAUCAUCACCUGGUAGUUUUAUUCGGCCUUCACAUUCAACAAAUUUGUCAUUUGCAUCACAUCAAAAUCAAGCUCUUCAACGUCAACAUCGCUGAGAAAUAAUUCACUACUUAUUAUCCAAAGUUCAUUUAUUAUUCUUGAAGACUUUACAAAUAAUCUAUGUAUUAUUUUAUCAUUUAUUCAUGAUUAUCAUACUGAAAUUUGAUGAUAAAACUUAAAAAAGUUUCAUUAAUUUGCGUCCAAUGAAUUUGGAAAAAUUGAAUAAAACAUAAUUUUAACUUGAAGAAAAUGGAAGAAAGCAUAUUGAAAGUGUUGCAAUGCAAAGAGCUGAACAUUUUUAGUAUUUCAAGUGAAUAUAGUUGUUUUUAGAGA